AUGUGUAAAGGUUGUGCAGCCAAAAUACCAUCUGGCCAGACGGGCCCAUCCACUGACUGUCUGCUCUCAUUCUUUCCAACCAGUAGGAGGGAUGUACUGGGGCGGGGACGGGAGGUCACACCAUCAGAAUUGGGGGGGAAGUCUCUGCCACAACUUGACUCUCCUUCCCCCACCCUCACCCAGCCUGUCUCCAGUUACUGUGGACUAGCCCCUCAAACUGAGUGGAACAGAAAUAUCUGCAGAUACAUAUGUGAACAGAUGUGUAUGGCAUGCAGGUCUGGAUGCAUAGACAGAUGGGAGGAUGGUUAA